AUGCCCGCAACCGUUCGCGACAGCGGCGACAAGUUCCCUCCCAAAUUGCUCCAUAUUUUCAUCUUUGAUAUCGCUGUCUCUCCCGCGGCGGCAAGGAAACACAUCUCAAAGAAUAGGACGUCUCGGAAUAGUGCCGCAUCUCCCAAUGACCAUCCAACCAAUGCGUGUGAGAAACCAGAUAUUGUGAAUAUGAGCAACGCGGUUAUUGUCUUUUCCAACCUUGAGCCCGGCUGUACUCCCAUCAACUGCCGAGAAACAAGGCGUGAAUAA